AUGACCGAUGACGGCGACAGGCUGGUCGACAGGUCGACAGCGGUGACUAGGGUACCAAAUCGUUCACACCUUCGAACGAAAACCGAGGAGCUUCUAGGGUCAAAUUCAUCGGUGUCGUUGGGGUUUUUCUUCCGAUGGAUCGGAAGCUUCAUUGGCAGAUUUCCGGUGCCAUUUAUCAUUACUACGGGAAUCCUAUUAUCAUGUUCAUUCGGAAUGAUCGGACUGAAAUUGCGCGACAAUGUCCGUAGUGGAUACACACCAACAACUUCGAGAUCUCGAAUUGAAAAUCAAAUCUAUCGCGAAUUUCUCCAUUCCGAAGGUGAUCCUGUUUUGACCACACUUCUCAUCGAAUCCAGAGAUGGUGGAUCAAUGCAUCGGCAGGAAUAUUUAGACGAAGCUGUUAAGCAAUGGAAUUACAUCGCAAAAAAUCUGUCAGUUACAUUCGACGAUGGCACCUCGCUCAAGUUUUCUGAUGUUUGUGGGCACUACUGUGAUGCGAAUCUAGCCGUUGAACAUUACGCGAACAGUCUCCGAAUGAAAAACAAUUUUCCGUCAAUGUCCGGAUACCGGUUGGAAUUCCCGAUUGCGACAAUUAUGAGCUACAAGCUACAUCUUGAACGCAAUUUUUUUGGCGUCAAAACUAAUAACAAUACGGAGAACAAUAUUGAACACAUUCAGGUGAUCAAUAUGAUGAUCAUGGCCGAAGGUAAGACGUUACUUGAUUACGAGAGAAUUGGAAAAUGGGAACUCGCCGUGUUUGAUUAUUGCCAGAAGUAUCGAAACGAUGAUUCGAAAAUUCUGAAUAUGCACGUGAUUGGACCGGAAAUCGUAGACACCGAAAUGAACAAAGAUGCUCAGAAGAUGUCGCCGUAUUUUGCUGUCGGAAUUGCUCUGAUGCUUACCUUUGUCGUGAGUACAGUCUUCUUCUCAGCUCUUCAUUACGGAUUCGCUGGAUGGCCGAUAAUUGUGGUUUCGAUUUGUUGUGUGAUGGUCCCUUGUUUUGCCGUCACCACAACACUUGGAAUUAAUAAUCUCGUUGGAAAACGAACAAACUCGCCAAUGCUGAUCAUGCCAUUCCUUGUUACUGGAAUCGGGGUCGAUGAUGCAUUCCUCACACUUCAUGCUUGGAUGCGACAGCCGCCAGACAUUUCACGGCAGGAGAAGCUUGCCCGUGUCUUCCAUGAAGUCGGACCAUCGAUCACCACCACCACAUUGACGAAUGUGAUCACGUUCCUGAUUGGAUACUUCUCACCAACUGAAGAGAUGUCGAUUUUCUGUUUGGGAUCAGCCAUGGCUUUGUUCUUCGCCUACGUAUACACAUUGACAUUCUUCUCGCCACUUCUCGCCUUGACUAUGAACCAUCAUUUCUCGAAGCCACGCAGGAGUAGCAAGGGCUACAUGAGAAAAUUUCUGAAGUUCUAUUCGAAAGUCAUCUCGCACUGGGCUAGCUUCGUAUUCCUCAUGCUCGGCGCAUUGGUCUAUUGGGGAUUCGGAAUUAUUGGAACGAUAAACAUGGAAGCGAAAUUGGAUACUGCUAAAAUUUUGCCAUUGGACACCCCGAUUCGCAAGCCAAACCGAUUGAUGGAGGAAUAUGUUUGGAAUGAGUUCUACCCGGUCACUGUUAUCGUCAAUCAUCCGCUCAACAUCACAAAUGCGACAGAGAUGGCGAUUUACGAUGAAUUCGUGAAUGCAUUUGAGACGGCUUCAAAGAGUCGCGGAUCGCAGUUCUCGAUAUCGUGGCUUCGCGAUUAUCAUGAAUAUUUCUUUGAGACCGCUGCUGAAUUUUUCGAUUAUGAUUCGGAAGAUGUCACGAAUACCUCGUCGUCAUUUAACUAUGAAAAACUUGAUGGAUUUUUGAAGAGUCCUGUGUUCAAACAUCACGCCGGAUCGAUGCGUCUCAAUUUUAGCGAUCCAAUUCCAGUACGAUCUUUCCUUCUGACGUUUGCCUACGCAGAGACAGCCAGCUGGGAUGAUCGAAUUGAACUGAUGAAACAUUGGAGGCAGACGGCUGAUCGCUACCCUCAAUUGAACGCUUCUGUUUGGAAUGUGAAUGCGAUGUUCGUUGAUCAGAUGCUUAGCUUGAAACCACUGGCUCAACAGAAUGUGACUGUCACUUUGGUCUGUAUGGCCAUCGUAUGCGCGGUAUUCAUUCAAAACCCGGUUUCUGUUGUUACCGCCACGAUGUCGAUUCUGUCGAUUGCCAACGGUGUCACUGGAUAUUUGUCGUUCUGGGCGCUCGACCUUGAUCCUGUCUCACUCUGUGCGAUUCUCGUCUCGAUCGGAAUGGCGGUCGACUUUGUCGCCCACACCACUUAUCACUACCAAAUCGCUUAUAAGGAGAAGCUAAUUGACGGUAAACUUCGUAAAGUUCUUCUGAACACCCCGGAGGCACGUGUCGAAUACGUGCUUGCCAAUAUCGCUUGGCCAAUGCUUCAAGGUGGAACCUCGACAGUGUUGUGCAUCAUUCCACUGGUUCACCUCCAGAAUUAUCUUCCGUUGGUUUUCGUCAAAACCAUCACAUUAGUUGUUAUUUGGGGACUUUUCCAUGGAUUAGUGCUUCUUCCAGCAAUUCUUUCGCAGAUUCCGUUGAGAUUUUUCAACCAUGAUUGUAAUAGCUUAAUUCUUGGGCAAUCGUCGAAUGACGACGAGAAUUACAGUUCGACUAUUCAGGAGAUGACCCCGCUCGCCCCUGAGCCAAAUGUAUAA